ACAUGCAGGCUCAACAAGCGUCCUGUUCCUACUGAGAAGACGCUAGACUCACCCCUUUAUCACCGACUGUGAAUGAGCAAGCGACUGCGGUUUGCAUCGACAGCACACUCUCCGGCGCACAGCAGAAUGCCGCCACUGCUUUUACGUGCUUGAGACAGUGACACGGCACGGUGCGGCGGGGUGGAUGUUUGCGGCUCCGUUCUCCUAGGAGGGCGCGAGACUUUCUGACCGAACAUUUUCUUUUUCCAAAAUACCACGGAAACAUGUCUCUCGGAAACAACCCGCACAUCCUACUAGGCAGAAUUCGCUUUUUAAAUGAAUGUAUCGAAACCUUUCGAAACAGUAAGCCGCCGCCAGAGGCUUUGUGCUACGUUCCUAAAGAGGUCUGCUAUAAGGUGUGUAAAGACUCAUCGUCCACUGCCUCAUCGGCGGCGACGUCGGCGGCUUCAUCAGCUGGCAGUGGCUGUUCUGCUGGAAACACCCUGAUAUCCGUGUGGGAGAGCCCGACUAACUCUCUGCAGACCAAGAAGCUCUUCAGGUUCAACAUCGAGGCAAAGAAAGGGACGUGCAUCAAGGCGACGGGGGACCAGUACUGCAACAACUACGGCCUGUGGGUCAAACUAAACAAGGAGCAGCUACAGGAGCAUAAAAGUGACGUGGAUGUGGAAGAAGGUUGGAUUCUGGUCUGUAAACAUACAGAGGGAGGAAGCAGACUUGUUCCUGUGGAGUCACCAGAGAGAGUGCAAAGGCAGCAGCAGCUCUUUGGCUAUGACUUUAAACCUUGUUCAAGGUGGGAUCAAGUUGUUGAUAGUAAAUAUUGUUUACACCUUGGCUCCAGACCAAAGGUUGCAGAGCAAGAUGAGUCAGCCAUAAACAAAUUUAGAUAUAUUCCACCCACUUGGACUUUCGAGUGUGAUGAAGACCUGGUUCAUUUCUUUUAUGAUCACAUUGGCAAAGAAGAUGAGAACCUGGGAAGUGUGAAGCAGUAUGUGGAAAGCAUUGAUGUCUCUUCUUGCUCGGAGGACCCAAACAGUGGUUCUUGGUGUCUAACAGAUGGAGACAAUGAUACAUACUGGGAGAGUGAUGGAGCCCAGGGACAGCACUGGAUACGUUUACAUAUGAAAAAAGGAACAGUUGUAAAAAAAUUGAUUCUGACAGUUGAUUCAACAGAUGACAACUACUUGCCUAGGAGAAUCACUGUAUAUGGUGGAGAUGGGGACAACAUGAAGAAGCUCAGUGAUGUUGGUAUCGAUGAGAGUCUAAUUGGAGAUAUCUGUGUUUUAGAAGACAUGACUGGACAUAUGCCAAUCAUUGAAAUUCGAAUUGUAGAAUGCAAAGAUGAAGGGAUCGAUGUAAGGAUCAGAGGUCUUAAAAUUAAAUCAUCAGGAGAGCGUGACCUGGGACUAAAUGCUGAUAUGUUCCAAUCCCCACAUCUAGUUCGAUAUCCACGAUUAGAGGGAACAGAUCCAGAUGUGCUUUACAGACGAGCAUUUGUUAUCAAGAGGUUUGCUUUUCUGCUGGAUGAAUUACUCCCACAUCUUGUUCCAGCUUGGGAUUAUACAUUGGGUACCUUUAAUCAGUUAAAGUAUGUCAAGCAGUUUUUGCUUUUAUCAAAAAGGCGUGCUGCCUUGAUUAUGCAGUGCCUGAAAAACUCUGAGACAAGCAAGCCAAAUUUCAUGCCAAGACUCUACAUAAACCGUCGUCUAGCAAUGGAACAUCGAGACAACCCAUCUCUUGAUCCCAGCUGUAAAAAUUCUGUUUUUAGUCAGGUGUAUGAGGGUCUGAAGCCUACUGAUAAAUAUGAAAAGACUCUUGAUUACAGAUGGCCUGUGCGGUAUGACCAGUGGUGGGAGUGCAAGUUUAUUUCAGAAGGAAUCAUUGACCAAGGUGGUGGUUUUCGGGACAGCCUGGCUGACAUGUCUGAGGAGCUAUGUCCAAGUUCUGCUGAGUGCCCUGUGCCUUUACCAUUUUUCACUCGAACAUCUAACCAGUGUGCUGGAGAAGGGCGAGAUCGGUAUGUCCCAAACCCCUCAUGCAAGGAGUUUCACAAAUACGAGUGGAUUGGACAGCUAAUGGGAGCAGCGCUUAGGGGAAAGGAAUUUCUAGUACUGGCCCUGCCUGGAAUUGUGUGGAAAAGGUUGACAGGGGAAACAGUGAGCUGGAACAAGGAUUUCCCUGCAGUUGAUUCUGUUCUGGUAAAAUUGUUGGAGUCCAUGGAAAGCAUGGAUAAGGAAACCUUUGAGUUCAAGUUCGGUGAGGAGUUAACAUACACUACACAACUGAGUGAUGGAAGAGUGGUUGAUCUAAAGCCUGGAGGAGAGACUAUGGUAGUACAAUAUGAGGACCGAAAGGAAUUUAUCCAGUUGGUGCAGAAAGCACGACUAGAAGAAAGCUGUGAACAGAUUGCAGCAAUACAGCGUGGUCUAAUGAAAGUUGUCCCACAAGCUGUCCUUGACCUCUUGACCUGGCAGGAGUUGGAGAAGAAAGUAUGCGGAGACCCAGAAAUUACAGUUGAAGCCUUAAAGCGCUUGACACGAUAUGAAGAUUUGGGACAGACAGAUGCAAGAGUCCAGUAUCUCUGGGAGGCACUAACAAAUUUCACAAAUGAGGAUCGCAGUCGCUUCUUGAGAUUUGUGACAGGAAGAAGCCGUCUCCCUGCUCCAAUCUAUAUAUUCCCUGACAAACAAGGAAAUGAGACCUCAGAUGCACUUCCUCAGUCAUCUACCUGCUCAAGCACUUUGUUUCUACCAAAUUAUCCAAGUGCUAAAGUCUGCGAAGAGAAGCUUCGGUAUGCAGCAUACAAUUGUGUUGCAAUAGAUACGGAUAUGAGUCCCUGGGAGGAAUAAUCUCAUCUGGAUAGCUGCAAUGUCAAUUGUAUCAAAGUAUUAUCUGUUUUUUUAUGCACCUUCUGUAUUUAUAAAUCAAGAUAAGAAAUACCAAGCAUUGUUGCUAAUGAAACUUCUAUAUAUUAGAAACUGAA